GAUUCUUCAGAAAUUCCAGCAUAGCUGUUCCAGAAAUAAGCGGGCUCAAGUUGCUCAAUAUAAGGAGUUGCAAAAUUCUUGUCUUCUCAUUUUGUGUGUAUCACUGCUGGAAACGGUCAGGCUGUGAGCUCUUCAGAAGCAACACAUUUUACCAUGAAGUGGUUCCUGGGUUUCUUUCUUGCCAUUGGCAUCUUGGUGACAGUCUGUGAUGCAUAUUGCUUUUUUCAGCUAAAUAACCAAAAGGAAUCUACCGAAGGUUGUGUUCAAAGUGGCAAGCUGUAUGAGUUUGGUACCACCUGGCAGAGUGAGGAUUGCCACACCUGUAGCUGCAGACAGAGGGCGAUACUCUGUUGCUCCAUUGCUCAUUCCCCUGUCGGCUAUGAUACAGAUAAGUGUGAAAAGAUUUUCAAUAAGGAUGCCUGCAGCUUCAAAGUAGUGGAGAAAACUGACCCCUCCAAAGAAUGUGAGGUCCACAGCUGGGUGGGCUAACAAUGAACCGGCUCCAGAUUUCUCUGCCUAGUGAAUCUCCUUGCCUUGCGAUGGAUGACCAGCUAUGGGAGGAGUCCAUUCUUUGAUCUGAGUGAUUGAGGUAUUUUAAGUCAUACCAGCAGCUUGCUUUUCUUCAUCUAGUUAAAUAGCAAUGUAGUAUAUGAUAAUAUACUGUAUCUACUCCCAUUUUAUUUGUUCUUAUCUGCAUUGGCAAAACUAAGCUUUUGUUGAGUAAAAUAAAAAUUUCUGAUGCUUCAUUUGA